AUUUAAUGACAAUUUUAUUUUGUUCUAAAAUAAGACAAAUUAUUUAAAUAUCUAUAAUUGGAUUUAAUUGGAUACAUUUAAUGACACAGUAAAAUGAUGUAAAAGUUUUUCAUAUUUUGACAUAUUAGAUUAAACCUUCCAGUGUAUAACAAAUAAUACAAUGAAUUUAAGUAAAUCGGAGAAACUACUAGCUGCUAGAAAAAAGUUAAAAGAAUUUCAACAGAAUAAAAAAAUUAAUAUACAAGAGGAACUGUCAAAAAAUGAAAAUGGGAUUACUAAAGUGUCACAGCAGAAUGAAACUGUGGAAAUAAACUCAUAUGCAAAUCAAUUAAGAAAUGAUCAUAAUGUUCCUACAAACAAUACUUUGCAAAGUUUUACAUUUCCAGUAGAUAGUAAGGAUUCUCAUGUAAAUACAGAAAUGGUUAAUUUUGUAUCGAUAAAUGAGGAUAAAAUAAGUGUAAAGAAGGUAAAUGAAGAAGAUAUUCCUAAACAAAAUGCUAAUAUUGAAAUGACAAAUGUACCAGUAUUAUCCACAAUGGAUAACAGUCAAGUACAAAAGCAAACAAUAUUGGAAUUCAACGAAAAAAACAUUGAUUAUUUUAAUACAAAUAAAAAUAAAAAUGAAAAUGAUUAUACUUCACAAAAAGAUAAUACAAUAAUAAACAAGUCUGAAGAAAGUACUGAUAAUAAUAAUAAAUCGGAAACAUUUGAUUCUGACACAUAUUCUCAGAAUUCGAAUAUAACUUAUUUAGAGCAUCAAAAUCAAAUAGUAAAUCAAUUACAAAGUCAAGUUAAACUAUAUAGUAAUAAAAUUUCUGAACUACAAGCUGCACUUGCUGCCAAAGAUGCAGAAGUUGAGACAAAGCUGAUGGAAGAGACUAAGCAAUUGAAGGAACAGUUGCAGAUUCAUGUACAAACAACUAAUGUUUUAAUUUUGGAAAAAGCAGAGCUUACUUCGGUUUUAAGUAAAAAUGAAACAACUAUUAAAAACAAUAGAGAAGAGAUCGAAGAAUUAUCUGAAAAAUUGAAAUAUGCUCAAUUUCGUUCAUCUGAAUUUGAAAAAGAAUUAAAUGUUAUAAAAAAUGAUGCUGAGGAAGCUCGAAAAAUUGCUCAACAAAUGAAACUAGAUCAUGAAGAACUUAAUGAAAAAUAUUCUGAACUAAAGAAAGAAAAAGAUGAACUGAAUUUACAAGUAUCAGAAUUAAAACAGAAAUUAAAUGUCAAAAAUAGCGAAUUAAUCAAUGUACAACAGACUUUACAAGAAAAAGCUGCUUUACUUUCAUUGAACGAAUUGAAAAUACAACAGCUCACAAAUACAUCUCAAGAUUUAGAGGUGUUGGACAAUCAACAUCAUAAUGUAACUAUGCUUGAACAACAAGUAGCACAAAUGAGAGAAACUAUUAAAACAGUGAGCGAAGAAAAUGAUGAAGCAAGUAAACAAUAUCAAAACUAUGUACGUCAAUUAGAAACGCAACAAGAAACACUGGUUAAUGAACUUGAACAUCAAAAAAAAUUAAAUAACGAAUUGGAAAUUAGAGAAAAAAGUUAUAUAGAACGUUUAUCAGAUUUUGAACAAAAAUUGCAAUCGGAAAAAGAAAAGGUUGAAGAAUUGCUUCCAUUACAAAGUCACAAACAUCAUAUAGAUGCUUUAUUAAAGGAAAUUGAUGAACUUACAUUGGCACAAGAAAGAUUUCAUAUUAUUAUAAACGAAAAAGAAACAGAAAUAGAAAUUUUAAAAAAAGAACUACAACAAUUACAAAAUAAUGAGAAUCAAAGUACAGAUGUACCAAAACUGCUUCAGGCUCUUGAGAGUGAACAACUUGGUGCAUCUAGAGCAGUAUCACAAAACCAACAGCUUAAACAACAAUUAAAUGAGAUGCACGAUGCUUUUAUUAUUCUUAGCAAUACUAAAUUAGAUUUAACAGAGCAACUACAAUCAGAACGUACUAUUGGGAGGAAAUUGAAUUCAGAACUUAAUAAAGUAGAGUCAGAGGUAGAAUUUUUGAAAAAUUGUUUGAAGGCGAAAGAAGAAUCUUGUUUAGAAUUGGAAAAAGAAAAUUUACAGAAUGCUCAAAUUAUUGAUCAAAUACAUCAUUAUCAAGCUCAAGCACAUUAUACGCAAACAUUACAGCAAGAACUUCACAAAGCCUUGACGACUAUUGAUGAUUUAAAGAGGGAAAAUGAAAAGCUCGUUGAAGAAUUGAAUCAUGGUAAAACUGAAAAGGAAAAUAAUGGGGUAGAUGAAUUAAAUUUAACUAAUGAAGUAUUAGGAAAUAAUAAUGAUAACGUUGAUAAAGAUAUUCUUAAUACUAGAGAAACUAAAACUAUAUCAUGUUAUACUAUGACUGACUCGACUUCGUUAGAACCUUUACAGAAAUUAGAGGAAAGAUUCAAGGAAACGAUGGAAAAACUUGCUGAGGUACUCGAUGAAAAACAAAGAUUAGAACAUUUGGUUUUACAGCUUCAAUGUGAAACGGAGACAAUAGGUGAAUAUAUUGCAUUGUAUCAAAGGCAACGUGCUAUUUUGCAAGAAAGAGCAAAAGAAAAAAAUGAAGCUUUCCGUCAACUUAUAGAACAAAAAAAUGAACAACAAGAACAAUUGCAUAAACUAAAAGAAUUAGUAACAAAUUUGAUAACAAAAAAAUCCAUUGCAACAGACAAUACAGGGCUUUAUAUUUCUGAUCAUAAAGAAGAAAAUGCAGACAUAAUAACAUCGGAAAACAAGCAAGAAAAUCAUAAUGUUAUAUCAGAAAUAUCAAAUGAUGAAACAACGUCUCAAAUUAUUGAUCUUUUAACAGAAAUUAAAGAUUGUAAAGAUCAAUGUACAAUUGCAUCGAAUUUUCACCCAUGCCCAUGGUGUUCAGGAAAACUUAUCAAUGUAUGAUUAUUCAAAUAAGAAGAUAUAUCUUUUAAUAAAUAAUAUAAUAUAUAUAUAUAUACUUAAUUAACUAAUAUUAAAC